CGAUCUUUGUGUUUGACCACUGCACGAGCUGAUUCAACCCUCAGCUCUCCGGUGAAGUAUGCUGGCUUCUUCUUCCUGCACAACCGGAGAUCCUUUGGCGCUGCUCGAGGAAACCAAGAAAGAAUGUGGGCAAGUCUUAGUAGCCAACUUGAAUUCUUCUUAGCCAACGACCUCGCUACCUACGAGUAUAUCGACAUAACACUCCCCAGCUCUAGCUAAGUUACAUCUCUUAAUAUUUACUGAUACAAUGCCGAAAACAUAAAGGUCCUCGCAGUUCCCAAUGGACAGGCCCAAACACGAGGUCACAUAUGAUGCGUGUGGGAGACCCGCAAGGCUGAGGCCAACAGUUGAAACGAGGCUGCAACCCAAUACUAGUAUGUGACUGCAGUGGACUGCCAGUGCCGUCUGAUACCGGAGAGCAACUGCCAUAUUAUAAGCAAUGCCACAAUUAUCAGAUCACAUAUGGCAGGGACACGCAGUUCAGCAUCUUCUAGGAAGGGGCAACACCGCUGGAUACAUCAGGUAUAUAUACUUCCUGUCCCCCAGCAUUAGCGAUGCCUCUUCGGCAGAUGAAUCAAACAUUCAAUCAAACUGGGAGCAUACCAAUCCCACAGGAUCAGCAAUGUCUCCUCGACAGGUCGGACGAUUACACGAACAAUUGAAAUGCCUCCACGGAAGCGACCCGCUCUCGCGGCUGCUGCUGCCAUUGUCACACCUCUCCCACCUCUCCCUCUCUCUUCUUCCCCUUUCCGCCCUCUCCCUGCGGCUGCCCCACCCGCAGAUGAAGACGACGAAGAAGAAGACGACGACGACGAGGCCGAGGAGGAGGCCGAAGAGGAAGAGGAGGAGGAAGAGGAAGGAGGGGAGGAGGAGGAAGAGGAGGAGGAGCAGCGAGCUCCGCAACCCAGGAGGACUGUUCUUUUCAGAAAGAGGUCCUCCAAUGCCAAUGCCACGGUAGAGAGUCCACUGGAUUCCUACCGUGUGUUCUUGCAGAAUCUCCACCCGCACCAGGUCGACUGGGACAAUCUUCGUCCGGGUGACGCGAGACUGGAGAGCAGGUUCGACGGGCUCGGGCAGUUCCAACAGGAUGUGUACUACUUCAUCCUGGUAGGGCUGCUCAAUGCGUACGUCAAGGGCCGCAUUGGCGUUGCCAACUUCAAUGACUGCGACAGGCAGUGGGUGUGGAACUGGCCCACAUGGCACAGGACCAUUAUCCGACUGUCUGGGUCGAUUGAAGGUGGCCGGGUUGGAGGAGAGGGGGACUGCUGGUUCAGCACCUUCUCGACAGGCAAUGGAGGGAUGCCCAAGGUGGCAAUGCGCCAGGGGCGAUACGAACGCCGGCCUGACGGCAAUCACGCUUGGCGAGACAUCUUUACGCUGUACCAGCAUGAGGGUUGUCCUGGUCGUUCCAAGCCCUGGAGGUUUAGAGACCACCGCCGCCCACGUCAUGGUCAUCCUGCGUUUCGGGUCGCCCGGGUGCGAACUCCCUCCUCGGGCCGGCCAUCUCUGCCACAAUCUCCCCCAAACAUGCAUCAAUCCUGCGCAUGUCGUCUGGGAGUCAGAUCGAAGAAACAAGGACGGGAACCUGGGCGCCAGGAGCAACUGGGUCCCUUACCCACACCCCGAGAAGUACACGUUGGGCUUCGACUGUCUGGAGGCACCCAUUGUCAGCAUCGACUUGGAUGAUGAAGAGGUAGUUCGCUUAUCUGUGCUCGCUACUACCUCUGGCUUUUUGGGAGGAUCGGGCUUCGGAACCUUUCACGCCUCCACAUAUUUGGACUUGCCCGCCAGAUACUGCUGGGGGAGAGUAAAUAAGACAAAAAUUAACUUACCCUAUACCCAAAUCUGAUGAUCGAUUUGCACGUUAGAAGCGCUGUGAGCCUCUACUGGAGUUUCUUCUACAGGUAUAGUUUACUAUCUUUCGGGUCCUUCUAGUAAUAACACUAGAAU